CGCGCCAAUGAAAGGCGGCGCUGGGGCAGCGCGAGCGGCGGCGGCGCGGGAGCGGCGGAGCGGACGGAGAUGUCGGGGAGCCAGCCUCAGCUGGGAAGAGGUGUGCCGUGUUUGCGCUGCAGAGGGCUGUGCACGGGCUUCGAGCCACACUCCUGGAGGAAGAUCUGCAAGUCGUGCAAGUGCAGCCAGGAGGAGCACAGCCUGAGCUCGGAGCUGGACGAUGACCGCAAGAUCGGCCGCCUGCUCUCCGGCUCCAAGUACUCCACGCUCACGGCGCGGCUCAAGGGCGGCGACGGCGUCCGCAUCUACAAGAGGAACCGCAUGAUCGUCACCAACCCCAACAUCUCGGGCAAGGACCCCACCUUCGACACCAUCACCUACGAGUGGGCUCCCCCGGGGCUCACCCAGAAGCUGGCCAUGCAGUACAUGGAGCUGGUGCCCAAGGAGCUGCAGCCGGUGGCGGGCACGGACGGGGCCGUGCAUCGGCGGCGGCGGCUGGCGCGGCAGCUCCCGCUGCACGACCAGGACCCGGCCCAGUGCCGCGGCCUCGCCGAGGGCGAGCACCAGCUGAUGGAGGAGUUCGUGAGGAGGUACAAGGCCGAGGCACUGGGGGUCGGCGAGGUGGCGCUGCCGGGCCAGGGCGGCGGCGGGAAGGAGGAGGAGAAGCCCCAGGACAAGAGCAGCGACCCCGGCAGAGCCCCCGAGCCGCCCAACGGGGCCCUGGAGAGCGCGGCCACGGACGGGCACUACCGCUGUGACACCUGCCAGCAGCCUGUGCCCGGGGACUGCCCCGUGGUCUAUGCCGACCGCGCCGGCUACUCCCGGCAGUGGCACCCGGCCUGCUUCGUGUGCUGCCGCUGCGCCGAGCCCCUCGUGGACCUCAUCUACUUCUGGAAGAGCGGGGCCGCCUGGUGUGGGCGCCACUACUGCGAGAGCCUCCGGCCCCGCUGCGCCGGCUGCGAUGAGAUCAUCUUCUCGGAGGACUACCAGCAGGUGGAAGGGCUGGCCUGGCACAACAAGCACUUUGCCUGCCUGGAGUGCGAGACGCUGCUGACGGGCAAACCCUUUGCCCUGGCCAAGGCCAGCCUCCUGUGCACCACCUGCAGCCAGAGCCGGGUCUGAGCAGGGGCCCCCGGGCUCCCUGAGCUCCCACCAGGACUGGGGCAUUUGGAAAUACAGGAGAAGGGGAAGGUUAAAAAUGUAAGAGUCUGACUAUUCACUUGCAAGCGACUCCAUGUCCCCUUGCAUCCAGCACAGCCUGAGGAAAGUAUUUCCUUGGGGUCCUCUGGGACCUGACAGGGAGCCCUUGUGCCCACGGGCGGGAGGUGCACGGUGUACCUGGCCAGGAGGAACUGGAAAGGAGGGGCUGUGCUGUGCUGGUUUUUAUCAAGUCUGUCCAGAUCUUGCAAUAGUCUUUUGGAAAUAACACAUCUCAACAGUAACUUCUGGCAUACUAAACCUACAGUUGUGGUCAACAACAA